AUGACGUCCGGACCAACAGGCUUCCCGAGUCUGCAGCCAGCAUUGAUAUUCAAGGUCGAUGUUGGAGAGGGCAAUCCCGUUGGCGACGUGUCAACCGGUUCUCAGUUCCUUCACUUUCAAACCCCAACCGGUACCAUCAAGAGCGUACCGGGUUUCAAGCCCGAGAUUGAUGCCAGUGUCGUGUUUGGCGGUGAUUGGCUCUACUUUGACCCGGACAAGAGCCACGCGCGCGUCAACUUCAAGGGCAUUGCCAAGACCAAGGAAGGCGUCCCCUUCUCCUUUUACUAUGGCGGCAUUGUGAGAGUCGACGAGGGCGUUGGCAAGGUCUUUGCUUAUAGCCCCGAGGCCAAGACUAUUCCCUUUGGAAGCUCAACCACUGCUCAUACCUUUGAGGUGGGCAAUACGGACCUCAAGGUCCUCGAGAACGCCCAUUGGGUUGGCAAUGGGAGGUUCAUCUUGGGCGAGACUGGCCUCACCGUCGAGAGUCGCGUCUCAAAGGUCAUUCCCAGCACAGAUAUGGACUAA